AUGAAUCGAGAAGGGCGAGAAGGAGAACCGAGGAAGCGCGCGUUCGUUCGUUCGUUCGGUCAUAGCGUCGUUCCAUCGACGAUCUUGGCGCGCUCGAGGCCCUCCCGAUCGCGCGCGUGCGCACGCGUGCGAGAGAGAGCCCUCCCAGGCCUCCCUCUCCCCUCCCCCACGUCCUCCACCCGCGCCGCCCUCUCCCACACCCACCACAGCGACCCAGUCACCCAGUCACCCAGCCACCCAGCCACCCCGCCCCGCUCCGUCCAUCCACCACAGCGACCUACACCCACCACAGCGACCCACACCCAACUCGCGCACAUCACGCGCGCACCGCCCGUCGACGGCCUCCCACCCUCCAGCUCAGACCUCAGUCCGGGCGACUUUGCUCAGGGCGACUCGGCCGCGCGGAAACGACAUCGGGCGCGAUCGGUCGGUCGGUCGGUCGGUCGGUCGGUCGGUUAUGCAGUGUGCAGUGUGCAGGGGGAUGCGGCACCCAUGCUAUAUGGUAUUUGCGACGGUACGGUACGGUAUGGUACGACAGAGUAG